CAUUUCAUUUCAUACCUUUUACAAACAACUCUCGACUUAUCAAGAGUCAUUUUUCUAUGGAGAAUUUGGUGUCACAUAAUUAAAAUUAAUUGUUUUUAUAUGUGUUUUUGAAGAGCUUUAUUAGUUGCAAUUAAGUUAAUUGCUGCUGUGCACUUUAAAAAUGGGAUGAAAUUAAUAUUUCUAAGAACUGUUAGUUCAAGAUUUUAUACUCUUAUAAUGCGUACACUUAAAGAAAUCGAUGAUCACAUUAUGCAAAAAUAUGAUUUUAAAAAACGAAUAGGAAAAGGUGCCUAUGGAAUUGUAUGGAAAGCAGUAGAUAAGAAGUCAAAAGAGGCCGUUGCUGUGAAAAAAAUAUUUGAUGCUUUCCGCAACCCUACAGAUGCUCAAAGAACCUUCAGGGAGAUCAUGUUUUUGCAGGAGUUCUGCAAGCAUCCAAACAUAAUUAGACUCCACAGUGUCCAUCGAGCUAUCAACAAUAAAGAUAUUUAUCUAGUUUUUGAGUACAUGGAAACAGAUCUACACAACAUCAUCGAACGAGGCAAUAUUCUGCGGGACAUCCACAGACGCUACAUCACCUAUCAGUUGCUCAAGGCCCUUAAGUACAUACACUCUGGCAACGUGAUCCACCGUGAUCUCAAGCCAUCCAACAUUCUGCUCAAUGGGCAUUGCCACUGCAAGAUUGCAGAUUUUGGGCUGGCUAGAUCUGUGGUACAGCUGUCAUCCUGUUCCGGCCAGAUUCCUCUGGAUCCCUCCCUCACAGACUACGUUGCCACUCGCUGGUACAGAGCUCCAGAGAUACUGGUGGCUGCUAAGCGGUACACCAAGGGUAUUGACAUGUGGAGUAUUGGGUGUAUACUUGCCGAGAUGUUGUUGGGGAAGCCACUGUUCCCUGGCACUUCCACCAUAAACCAAGUGGAGAAGAUUAUGGCAACAAUUGAACCUCCUUCACCAAAAGAUGUGGAAAGUGUCUGUACGGGCUAUGGCAGCUCUCUGCUACAACGGUCUCCCACUGGUCCUCGAUUGCCUCUUCCCCAGCUACUACACGGGUCCUCCCCUGACGCCCUGGAUCUUGUACACCGACUACUGGUCUUCAAUCCUCUCAAGCGUCUCACAGCUGCCCAGGCCCUCAGGCAUCCCUACAUCGCCAGGUUUCACAAUGCCUCUAAUGAGCCGGCACUGGUGACGUCUAUCGUGCCACUGUUGAGAGAUGAUGUGCAGCUCUCAGUGGACGAAUACCGUAACAAACUGUACAAGGUCAUCUCCAGGACAGAGCGAAAAACAAAUAAACCUUGCGUCAAGACCGACACAAAUCGUAAGCUUUCAGAACCAGUGAUGAGGGCCCAGACAUCUCGACACACUCGAAGGCCUAUCCCUACGGAGACUGUAGUUGUACACAAGACUCCUGUACCUCCUCGAACUGCCACCUCCAACCCAGCGCGACCCAGUUUGGUACGUCGGAGCUCCACAGGAUCCUACCACAGCAGUCACCCAAGCAGCAUCGCUGGUGUUGGACACAGGGACACUGUCACUCUCACCACCAUCAAAGAGACUGUCACUGCCACACAAACACCGGCAAUUAUAAACAAGGGUCCAAGACUUGUGAAACCAAAGGCCACGGCAGGAUUGAGCAGCUAUAUUGGCCGUGCUAGUGUAAAGGAAGCCUCUCAGUACUCGAGUUACGACCAGAAGUAUGGUUACAUUACAGCUUCCGAGUUGCAGGACCUACACCACAGAGUUCCAUGGUAGGCGGCUGUUGUACAGUGACUUCAUCCAUAGUAGAGAUUUUAGAACUUAUCAAAAUACCUUUUUUAGAUGUGAUUUUGACAUUUGCUCAUAUGCGUCAGACUCAAUGCACCCAAAGGCUGAAAUUGACUUCAACUUUUUUAAUAUCUUUUUCUAUUCGAUUUAUCCAAAAAUUAAGAGCUCUAGUUGUAGUCUGUAGUUAGGUUUUUAAUCAAAAUAUUGUGUAGGACAGUGUAUUAUUAUACACUACAUGAUUUAAAUCAAAAUACGUUUGUAAAUUAAUAAAAAAUCUAUCGAUUUGA